AUGGUCGGUUCUGUCGGUUCUGUCGGUUCUGUCGGUUCUGUCGGUUCUGUCGGUUCUGUCGGUUUUGUCGGUUCUGUCGGUUCUGUCGGUUCUGUCGGUUCUGUCGGUUCUGUCGGUUCUGUCGGUUCUGUCGGUUCUCUCGCCUUCAACGACAAACAGCGUCUCGCCAUAUAUGCAGACAUGGACGAACUGUGGAUCUACCCCUGCAGAAGCUCGGCAUCGUGGAUGUAA